AUGACCACCGACGAGCCAACACCCGCACACCUCGAUCCCCAAACCUACCCACGCCACCUCACCGAUGAAGCGCAAAACAUCCACCUCGAACUCACCUACGCGCCCCUCAACGCGCAAGCUGCACUCGACAAAAUCUCCUCCCCCGCCGCCGGCGCAAACGUCCUCUUCCUCGGCACCACGAGAAAUACCUUCGAGGACCGCCCCGUCGCACAGCUGAGUUACACGGCGUACCCACCCCUGACGUUCAAGACGCUAGCGGGGAUCGCGCGGGACGCGGUCGCGAAACAUGGGCUGACGGGGAUUGUCAUCGCGCAUCGGUUGGGGGUUGUGCCGAUUCGCGAGGCGAGUAUUGUGAUUGCGGUCAGUUCGGGGCAUCGGCGGGCAGCGUGGAGGGCUGGGGAGGAGGUCUUGGAGAUUUGUAAGGAGAAGGCGGAGAUUUGGAAGAGGGAGGAGUUUGUCGAUGGGGAAAUGGCGUGGAGAGAGAAUAGGGAGAGGGAUGGCGAUGGGAAGGUGGUUACUGGCAAGUGA